CCCUCGGGCUCCGGGCAGGGGAGCUAGUCUGGGAAAGAGAGAAGGUUUUAAAUAGCGGGGGCCGGGAGGGCGGCGGGCCCGCGCAUGACGGUACUUUAUGAGAAAGGAUGGCGCAGCGGAUGAGAUUACUUUGCUUUCUCAUCCCCUAAGAAAAAACUAAAGUUGGAGGGAGGCGGAGAGAACAGCCAUCCUUAUUUCCUCCCCACGUUUCCGCAGAACGACCGGGACUGCGGCGGGCAGGGAGAGGGCGCAGGACGAGGUGGACCAAUAGCAGUCAACAGGUCCAGGCCGCCGCAGGGCAGCGGGGCCGGGCCUCCGGGCCCCCCUCCUCUCAGAUCCCCUCCCCCCUUCCCUUUCCCCUUUCCUCCCCUCCCCCGCAGGCCCGGCCCGGCAGGGGAGGCCGGCUCUGCACUCCCCGCCCCACCCGGUGAGACUGCGGCCGCCUAGGCCUGGGCUCUCGGGGUGGGGGUGGGGCGGGGGUUCCCUGCCGGAGAAUCCUCCCCCGGGGCUGGCGGCGGGAGGGGGAGGGGAUGGAAAUCGGGGAAUGGAGGAUUAAGAAGGACUCGAGCUCGGCACGAGCGUGGCCCGCGCGAGGGAUCCUGGGUAAAAAGUGGCCGCGCGGCACCGGGAGAGCGCGGAGAGGAGCCGGGGUCAGAGGUCAGGGCCCUGGAGCCCUGCGUGCAGAUCCCCCCCACGUGAACGCAGCGAGCAGGAGGAACCUUUUUGUUUUCGACCGCGCCAGCAUGCUCCCCUAUUGACCGCGCUGCUUUUCCCGGGCCGCUGGAGCAGAGGAGCUCCAUCCCGUAUCUCCUAACCCCACCCACCCCCCCUUCCACCACCAACACACUACCCAACUCUACCCUUCCUCUCAACUCACUUCCCAGCCCCCCGUACCGGGCUUGCAAUAACGCAGUAAAUUUGCUUUAACAACAAGUGGGGGUGGUUGCAUUUACUCCUCCCUCUCUUCUCUCCUCCCCCUUCUCUUGCUGCGGCUCUUGACACUACUACAAACCAGGACUAUAAACAUAAACAUGUGUCACUGUAACUGGGCAGAAGCGGCUGACAUGGUCAACAUAUUUAUCAAAGAAACCCCCUGGCUUUUGAAGAAUAGUACUUUAUACAUCUGGAUCUGCACAUCCAGGCAAAGCUCAGAAAUAUCCGUUUAUUCUUUUAAGCACACGGAUGUGUCUAUUUUUGGAAGAACAAGGAAACAUAUAAAUGCUUGAGUUGCAUUUAUGCUGUAGUUCCAAACACCGAACAGUUAAGAAGAUUUUGCUGAAUUUUGCAAAGCAGCCAACAAACUGCCUUGGGAUCGUGGUAAUGCGACUGGGAAGACCUUUGCUCUCAUUUGGCAAUAUUUUGGAUAUCCUUGAAAAUGACACCAAAAUAUACUUUAAUUUGACUAAGAAGAGGUUAAACAAUAUUGAUAUUCAUCCAAAGUGAUUUUUUUUUAAAGCAGAUGCUUGGCUUUCAUGGAGAAAAAUUUGGGAGUUGUGGAAGAUUCAUUUAAACUACCAAUCAAGAGCAUCACAGACCACUGAAAUAGUCUGCAUCGUACAUCAACACUUUCUUUUCAUCGUUAUUACCUAAAACCUAUGGAAGCACCUUGGGCGUUUUACAUUUUCUUUUCUUUGCUACAGAAGCAAUCUGCUCCAUGGAAUUCUGACCUGUCGUGAACAGGACCCUGGCUAAGGCUGUGCUGGGGACUCUAGGACCAUCCCGCCUCCAAUCCAGCCUGGUUAAUUGUGAAAAGUGUACACAUUUCUGGCUUAUCUAUGCUUUGUUAUGGGUCUGACGUGAAACUACCUCCUCCCCACCCCACCCCCCAGCAGAGAACCAAAAUCCAGUUGAAUUGUUACAGUGUUUCGGAGCUGGAGCCUUGAACUGCUUCCUUGGUCAAAUAACUUUGUUUCUGGUUGUAAAAAGGCAUUUUAGGGCGGGGGGGGGGAACAAGGAUAAUCGAGAGAAAUUCAAAACGUAAGUCUGUACUGGGGUGGUUCACCGCGCGGAUUUAACUUUGGAGCUCCCAGCCGGGUUCCUUGCCCCACUCCCAUAAGGGAAAUACCAGGCUAUUCUGCACGUUUUCACUUAAGCUCCAUUUUCCAAAGGACAAGGGGGUGGGGUAUAUGUAUUUAGGCUUGAUAAUGUUUUAAAACUGCUUUUCUUUGAAAUGAUAAUAGCUAUAGCGGUAAAAUGCAAAUAAAGCAAAAAUAGGCAAUAUUCCUUUAAAGGCGAAUAUACAGGGCUUUUUUUUUUUUUUUAAAGCGUACACACACUGCUUCUGAUGAAGUCUGUGAGUCAGCCUGUUUCUGAGCUCCGAUAGUUUAAUGGAAAGAUUUAUAUACCGACUGUAUUAUUUACUUUGGGAGGGGAGGUGGCAGUAUAAGGGUAUGCUAAUUAGUGGGAGAUUUUGGGGGGAAGGGGUGGAAUAUCAAUUUUUAUUGCAUCACCUGUCAGGAGUGUCCAAUCAGCGCUGGCUUUAGGGGAAUUAAUUGAUGAAGGUGUCUCCGGACGAGCUCACUUCACUCUGUCAUUUUAUUUGUAGCUAAAGCAGCGGCGGGAAUAGCAGCUGCAUUUCUUUUCUCUUUCUCCCUUCACAUUCCAUUAUCAUAGUGCUCCAAUGGAGAAGGAAGGAAUAGAGGGGCCCAGGUACUGAUCUGCAUCGGGGACUUAGACUAACACACUGGCAGAUCAGAAACCGGAUGGUUUUUUCCCUCUUUUUUAAAAAAACGAAAACCAAAAAAAAAGCAAGAAUCAAGUCAGUGUAAUUUCAUAGUUUUUUUUUUCCCCCCAAUAAUUUCGCCUAGAGUUUGGCACUCCCUUCGCCGGGAAUAACAGUCUUUGUUAUUUUAUUAGCAGGAUGCCUUGAGACACACGCAGCAUCUGGUGGAGGAUUAACAUACAUACAUGUGUAUGUAUGCGUCACGUAUAUAUUUACUGCAAAUGGUGGGGAUCGUUUAGUGCCCGAGAUGGGAGACCUGAAGUCAGGUUUUGAAGAGGUGGAUGGCGUGAGGCUCGGCUACCUCAUCAUUAAAGGAAAGCAAAUGUUUGCCCUCUCCCAAGUCUUCACGGAUCUGCUGAAAAACAUCCCGAGGACGACCGUGCACAAGCGCAUGGAUCAUCUGAAAGUGAAAAAGCACCACUGCGAUCUGGAGGAGUUGCGGAAACUCAAGGCAAUCAACAGCAUCGCCUUCCACGCCGCCAAAUGCACUCUCAUCUCCCGGGAAGACGUGGAAGCGCUCUACACCUCCUGCAAAACCGAGCGCGUCCUCAAGACCAAGCGCAGGAGGGUCGGCCGGGCCCUGGCCACAAAGGCGCCGCCGCCAGAGCGCGCCGCCGCCGCCGCCGCCGCCGCCGCCAGCCCCCGCCCGGGUUUUUGGAAGGACAAGCACCAACUUUGGCGGGGCCUGAGUGGAGCCGCGCGGCCCCUGCCAAUCAGCGCGCAGUCCCCGCGCCCGGGCGCCGCCGUCGUGCGCCCAGCCGCCCAUCUACCUCAGAUUUUUAGCAAAUAUCCGGGCUCGCACUACCCGGAAAUCGUGCGCUCGCCUUGCAAACCCCCUCUAAACUAUGAAACUGCCCCGCUCCAGGGAAACUACGUCGCUUUCCACUCGGACCCUACUUAUUUUCGGAGCCUGCUGUGCAGCAAGCACCCGGCUGCCGCCGCCGCCGCCGCAGCCGCCGCGGCCGCCGCCGCCGCCGCCGCCGCCGCUGCCGCCGCCUACUACCAGGCGUCGGCGGCCGGGCCCCAACCCAAGGCGGCGGCGAGCGCCGGAGGCCCCGUGAGCCUGACCUACCGGUGCAAGCGCAAGCGCGGGGGCGCCAAAGACUGCCUGCUGGAGCCCCACGCCGGCGCCCGCCGCCUGCUUCUGCUGCCCAGGUCCUAUAAAGCCAAGGCGGCGGCCGCAGCGGCGGCCGCGGCGGCGGCGGCGGCCGCCGGGGCCAGUUGCCUGGAGAGGUUUCAUCUGGUUAACAGCUUCUGCCCGCCUCCCCACCACCACCACCACCACCACCACCAUCACCACCACCACCAUCACCACCACCACCACAGGGCCCAGCAGCCGCAGCCGAAUCACCACCCCCCUCAUCACCACCGGCCGCAGCCCCAUCUGGGCAGCUUUCCCGAGAGUUGCAGCAGCGACUCCGAGUCCAGCUCCUACUCGGACCAUGCAGCCAACGACUCAGAUUUUGGCUCCAGUUUGUCUAGCUCCAGCAACUCUGUGUCCUCCGAGGAAGAGGAGGAGGAGGGAGAGGAGGAGGAGGAGGAAGAGGAGGAGGACGAGGAGGAGGGGGGCAGUGGGGCCUCGGAUUCCAGUGAAGUCAGCUCGGAGGAGGAGGACUCGUCCACGGAGUCGGACUCCAGCUCCGGCUCCAGCCAAGUGUCAGUGCAGAGCAUCCGUUUCAGGCGCACCAGCUUCUGCAAGCCUCCCAGCGUGCAGGCGCAGGCCAACUUCUUGUACCAUCUGGCCUCCGCCGCCGCUGCAACCAAACCCGCUGCUUUCGAGGAUGCCGGCAGACUUCCCGACCUCAAGAGUAGUGUCAAAGCGGAGUCGCCCGAGGAGUGGAAUCUGCAGAGCUGGGCCCCCAAAGCGUCUCCGGUGUACUGCCCGGCCAGCCUGGGGAGUUGUUUCACAGAGAUAAGGAACGAUAGGGUAUCUGAGAUUACAUUCCCACACUCUGAAAUUCCCAGUACUGUAAAGAGAACUGAGCUGACAAUUAACUGCCUGGCGGAGGGGGCCUCUUCACCUAGCCCAAAGACAAACAAUGCAUUUCCACAACAAAGAAUACUCCGAGAGGCUAGGAAAUGCCUACAAGCAACUCCUACUACAUACUGUGCAGAUAACAACACAAUAGCUGCUAGGUUCUUAAGUAAUGAUUCUUCGGGAGUGGCAGCAAAUUCAGAAAAAGAUUCCAAAAUCCCUCAUUGCACUGAAUUUGCUACGGAUUUGCCCUCUUCGCCAACUGAUCCCGAGGUGGAUGCAGCAGCAGCAGCAACUAAAGCCGAGAAUCCCUGCACUGACACAGGCGACAAGACAUUGCCAUUUCUGCACAAUAUUAAAAUCAAAGUAGAAGACAGUAGUGCUAAUGAAGAAUAUGAACCUGACCUUAUUACAAAUAAGCUAAAGUGCGAGUGCAAUGAUACAAAGGGUGAGUUUUACAGUGUGACUGAAAGUAAAGAGGAGGACGCCUUGUUAACCACAGCCAAGGAAGGUUUUGCCUGCCCUGAAAAAGAAGCUCCUUCCUUAAGUCCACUGGCUCAGAGUCAGGGCCUUUCAUGCACUUUAGGUUCUCCACAACCUGAGGAUGGGGAAUAUAAAUUUGGUGCCAGGGUGAGAAAAAAUUACCGGACACUAGUACUGGGAAAGCGACCUGUACUUCAGACACCUCCAGUCAAACCAAAUCUGAAAUCAGCUAGAAGUCCUCGUCCUACAGGUAAAACUGAGACACAUGAAGGAACACUGGAUGAUUUUACAGUUAUAAACAGACGCAAAAAGGUAGCCAGCAAUGUAGCAUCAGCAGUGAAAAGGCCAUUUAAUUUCAUGGCAAAUUUUCCUUGUCCACCAUCACUCAUUAUUGGGAAGGAUGGGGAUUUGUGGCCAGCGUAUUCCUUAAACACCACUAAGGAUUCCCAACCUCCUCACAAGGCCCAUCCUAUAUGGAAAUGGCAGCUGGGCGGUUCUGCAAUACCUCUUCCACCUAGUCACAAAUUCAGGAAAUUUAAUUCAUAAAAGUGUUUUGGAAGAUAUUUUCUUGAACCAUAUUCCCUUCCUUUUGUUGUAAACUGCACAGGAUGGUUUGUACAAGUCCAUUAAUGUGUUACACCCCUUUUGGAGUCCUGGUUUAUCGCAUUUUGAAGACAGAAAUCGGAUUACUUUUUUUUCCAUUGCGGGUUUUUU